AUGCAGCAACAUGUGUCACUUCACUUCCACAACAACAUGAAGAAACUAAAUGAGAUGCCACAUACUUGCAUUUCCUGGUUUGCUGCUUUGUUCCUUUUCUACUUGACUCUGGAGAUCAGCCAUAGCAGCAUUCUAACACGACUCCCAAAAGAAUUUACCGUCAAGUACGAGAAGGAAUUGUCUGACCAUGCAAUUAUUAAGGUUCCCAAUGGUAUCUGGCAUAUAGGAUUGAGGAAUGCAGAAGGUGUAAUAUUGUUUGAAAAUGGUUGGCCAGAAUUUAUGGAGUUUUACUCCAUUUGUGUUGGACGUGUUAUACUUUUCAGAUAUGAUGGGAAUUCAGAAUUGCAAGUUCAUAUAUUUGGCAUUGAUGCUAGUGAGAUAGAUUACCCAUCUCAUACCAACAACACCAAUCAUGAAAUUGAAAUGACAUCAACUCAUACGGAUGAAGACGAAGUUAAAGUAGCUUCCACACAUUCCGGCAGUACCCAAAGCAACGAUGAACCUUCCAUGUCAAGUGAAUCCUUUCUUAACCAGAAAGAAUAUCCUGGCGGACAUGUACUUCCCAAGAAACCACGAAAACAAAAAAGGGUUAUUCCUAAAAGGUUUCAUACAAAGGAAUUCAAGGCAACACUUGAAGCAGCUGAAGCAUUUCACUCUGAGAAUCCAUCCUUUAAGAUCAUGUUGCAAGCCUCACAUAUAAAAAAAGGAUGCAUGAGGGUGCCUGUUACUUUUGCAAACUCAUAUUUUGGAAACAUAACACGGAUAACGACCACUCUUAGUAUUUCAGAUGGGAGAAUCUGGGAAGUCGGAUAUCUUUCUCGAACAAUAACUGAAAAAACUGAAAAAACGCUAUCCAAGGGCUGGCCCAAAUUCGUUGCAGAUGAUCAUUUGAUGGAAGGCGAUGCUUGUGUCUUUGAACUAGUAGAUAGGAAAAACAUCAAGAUGAAUGUUCACAUUUUCCGACAACACAAAACAUUCAGUAAGCUUACUCCUAAAAUAAGACACUAUACUGCAAAAUUCCAGGCAACACUUGAAGCAGCCGAGGAGUUCACAUCUGAGAAAAUAAUGCAUUAUACUGCAAAAUUCCAGGCGACGCUUGAAGCAGCCGAAGAGUUUACGUCCGAGAAUCCGUUCUUCAAGAUCGUUAUGCAAGCCUCGUAUAUAGAAGGACAAUGGGCGAGGGUACCUGCGGACUUUGUAAUCUCAUAUUUCACAAACAUAACACAGAUGGUGAUCACUUUUAGGGUUUUAGAUGGGAGAACUUGGGAAGUCGGAUAUGUUUUUAAAGCACCAACUGGCAGAUGGCUAUCUCAAGGCUGGCGCAAAUUUGCUGUAGAUAAUGAUUUGAAGGAAGGUGAUGUCUGUGUCUUUGAACUAGUUGAUAGGAAUAAAAUUGAGAUCAUUGUCCGUAUUUUCAGACAGCAAGAACCAUUUUCCAAGAAGAUUACUCCUAAAUCAAGUUAUUAUACUGUGGAAUUCCGGGCAACGCUCAAAGCAGCCGAAGAGUUUAGGUCUCAGAAUCCGUUCUUCAAGAUUGUUAUGCGAGCCGGACAUAUAAAAGGAGGAAUGACGGUGCCUGCGGAUUUUGCAACCUCUCAUUUGACAAACAUACCGCGGAUUGUAAUUACUCUUAGAGUUUCUGAUGGGAAAACCUGGGAUGUCAGAUACGUUUCGCGACCACCAAAGGUUAGAGGAAGGAUAUCUCCGGGCUGGCGUAAAUUUGUUGCCGAUAAUGAUUUGAGGGAAGGCGAUGUCUGUGUCUUUGAACUAGUUGAUUUUCGGGAAAAAAUCAAGAUGAAUGUUCACAUUUUCCGACCCGUACAAGGUAUGGUAUAG